AUGUACAGACUAAGAUUACUCACUAUACAAAAUACAACUACAUUUUAUAAUAAUGUUACUCGAAAUAUUGUUGGACUUUCUAUGCUACCAGAAACUCAUCAAAUGUUACAAAAAACAUGCAGAGACUUUGCAGAAGCAGAAUUAAAACCUUUAGCAGGAGAAAUUGACAAAAAGCAUCUUUAUCCAAAAGAACAAAUAAAAAAAAUGGGAGAACUGGGUUUAAUGGGUAUAACAAUUCCUGAAAAUUUAGGUGGCACUGGAUUGGAUUACUUGGCUUAUGCUAUUGCAAUGGAAGAAAUAUCUAGAGGUUGUGCUAGCACAGGUGUUAUAAUGAGUGCACAUAAUUCUUUGUAUUUAGGACCAAUAGAAAAAUUUGGCAGUAAGGAGCAAAAAGAAAAAUAUAUAACUCCUUUUACAACUGGUACUAAGAUUGGAUGUUUUGCUCUUAGUGAACCAGGUAAUGGUAGUGAUGCAGGUGCUGCUUCUACUACUGCUAUAUCAAAUGGAACCAAUUAUUUAAUUAAUGGCACAAAAGCAUGGAUAACAAAUGCAUAUGAAUCAGAUGCAAUUGUUUUAUUUGCUACAACAGACAAAUCUAAAAAGCAUAAAGGUAUAAGUGCAUUUAUAAUUGAUAAGGCUACAGAUGGUCUUUUUCUUGGUAAAAAAGAAGAUAAAUUAGGUAUUCGUGGUAGUAGUACGUGUUCAUUGAUAUUUGAAGAUUGUAAAUUAGCAAAAGAGAAAUUGAUAGGAGAACCAGGAAUGGGUUUCAAAAUUGCAAUGAUGACUUUAGAUGCUGGUAGAAUAGGAAUUGCUGCUCAAGCUUUAGGUAUAGCUCAAGCAUCUGUCGAUUGUGCGGUCGAAUAUGCGGCAAAACGACAAGCAUUUGGCAAUGCCAUCAUUAAGUUGCAAACAAUUCAACAAAAAAUUGCUGACAUGGCUCUAAAAUUGGAAAGUUCAAGAUUACUAACGUGGCGAGCAGCUGCGCUAAAAGAUAGAAAUAAACCAUAUACAAAGGAAGCUGCUAUGGCAAAGUUAUCAGCUUCUGAAACAUCUACUUUCUGCACUCAUCAAUGCAUACAAAUUUUAGGUGGUAUGGGUUACGUUACUGAUAUGCCGGCAGAACGUUAUUAUAGAGAUGCGCGCAUUACUGAAAUUUAUGAAGGUACAUCGGAGAUACAAAGAUUAGUGAUAGCAGCAAAUGUUAUCAGAGAAUACAAUAUUCAUUGAAAUAUUUAAAUCCGCCAUAUAUUUUUUUUUUACUAAAAUUGUUAAUA